AUGCCUCCAUCCACGGUGUUUUCAUACCUGCGGCGCGACCACCGUCGGCCUAGCUCGCCCGCAACAUCGACACACCCCACUGCCCACUCUUCGUCAACUGCACUGCCCGGCAGCAAUAUUUCCAAUCAACUUCUACCGCCGCAAAUCCCGCUGCCGAGCCCGUCGGCAUAUUCCCCGAGACUUCCGGAUACAAUUGUUGGAUCGACUCCGCUGUUUGAACCACUGCAGCGGCAACAGCAGCAGUUGUUACAGCAAUCGGGAUCGGACUACAACAAUUUUACCCAUUAUAAUAAUCACGGUGGGAAGGCGGAGCAUGUUCCCGAUUCACGAAGGAAACAAGAUAGUAGCACCGCCGGGCGCGACAAUAUUAGUACCAUUUUUCCUUUGUCAGCAUCGCCGCAGAUAAUUAUACCUCCUCCGAAUCCCGAUCGUAUCCGCCCACACUCAGCUGGGAGUGAUAAAUGGAAGAAAGCUUCGGUGUCUGCUGAUUCCCAGCACCAGACGACAAUGAUACGACCAGACCAGCACGACGGUAAUGUUUACAGUAGCAAACCUACUUCUCCGUGGAAACUUACGUUUGGCAAGAAUAUACUGUCGGACAGCUCGAAGGGCAGUAGUAGUGGUGGUGCAAGUGCAGGAGGAUACAUUUAUUCACAAGGAAGUACCUACAACAACAGUACACGAUCAAGACCCUCUCCGCCUGGAUAUGUGGAAUCUAACAGCAACAUCAAUACUUUCUCUGGUGGCCGCGAAUAUUUCAAACACGAAAGCAGCAGCAGUGGCAGCAGCUUUCGACGGGAUACUAGUAGCCAUGAUGCCGCUUACGAGCCCGCGCAUCCUCUCUAUCAACGAGGGAAGACGCGAUUGAACCUUCUCAAUCCCAUGGCUCUGUUAGCCCGCCGUCGGUCGGCACGGGCUUUGGCACUGCGUCCAGAAGAUAUAGGAACGGGUAGGCUGGCACUGCCUGCAUUGCCAGAUGAUUAUGAUCCAAGGAUUCGCGGGAAGCUUUUUCAUGAUUUUUCGGCGCCGCGGCCGAGACCGGGUGUGCCAGUGAAGACUCCGCAGCCGUUGACUCAACCGCCGGUGGUGAAUUUACAAGAUGCUCACAAUGACAAAGUGGCACCUCCUGUUCCAGUUUUGAAAGAGGGUGUCGGAUUUGUGAAGCAAGAGUCUCAGGUGAAUGAUGAGAGAAGUUUCCCUGAGAUUGGUUCGAGUUACCGGCCUCCCUCUCCUGAUCGAUCUCAUCCCAUCGGACAGGUCCAUGAUAAACCAUUACCUUUGAGACAAACAAGCGUAGAGGUGCAGAAGGAUAAACGAGCCUCGAGGUCUUCUGGUGUUAGAUCAUCCAGCGCAAGAUCCAAGGUGUCAAUGGUUCACGACGGCUCGUUUCAACCCUCAGGCUUACCGCGGCAUCUCACAAGCAGCGCUUCAAGAUUCAGUUUCGAUCUGGCGGGGGGAGACUCUGCAUCCCAGGAGCGACUUAUGGAAGAAAGACACAAGGAGAAAGAAGCUGCCAAAAGGGCGAAAGCACAGCUUGACCAAACUUACGAUUCUGACUCUGAUGAUUUUGACUACGAUGCAAUGAUGGAUGAUGGUAUGUUUGAAGAGAGGAUUCCAGGCGUGAAUGUUGAUGCGAAUUUGGGAGGUGAAUUUGAUGACUUUUCGGGUCAGGGGCACGUUCUUAGAGUGCUAGGGAAUAAUAACUUGUUCGUACCGGUGUUGCCUACUCUGCUGUCUAGCCCUAUGAGUGCACUAGACUUGAACUCCUCUGCGCCCUGCUCACCGGAACAGGAGAUGCCAGCUCCACUGAUGAUAAAUCCCAAUAAUACAUUUGCUGGUUUGGCUGCAAGCGUUACUAUCUUGCAGAAUGGUUCAGGGGCCAAUAUGAUGCCUAUUAAAUCCCUAUCACCGCAAGAGAUAUCACCACAGGCACCCUUCGAUCUGGGGGAUGAUGAGGACGAGUUAUACUUUGACGAUGGCCUGAUCGAUGAUAUUGGGGGAGAAAUUGAGAAUGGGGAAAAGUUUGAUGAAUCUGUUUUUGACGACGAGAAUAGCCAUCUCUACGAGAGGAAAGCAGAGUUCAUUAUAGCUUUACCUUCCGUGCCGGAUGAGGACAACGUCCAAAAUGAUGCCCAAGAAGGAGCAGCCGUGGCGGAAGGAGGAGGAGGAGGAGGAGAAGAAGAAGCUGAGGGUGAGAGUGAUGCUGUAAAUGUGCCACUGGUAGCUCAGAACAGCGUAUUACAGCGGAAUAUUUCCAGUCAAAGCGGUGGGAUCAAUAGAAAGUCUAGAGAUAUAAAUAGGCGGGACAUGCAACCAAGUGCCAUAUGCGGCUUGACGGAAGGCAAUCUGGAGCAAUACCAUAGUGCCCUCGCCCAAGCCGCCAACGAAGCCGCUCUCAACGGCCGCUUCGAGCGAAGCAGGAGCAUCAGCGAAAAUUCCAGCAGUGAUGGCAGCAUAUCGCAGUCCGCUGCUGAGUCGCGCCCAGACCUAACAGCGGACGAUAGUCGUAUUAGCAUAACUGUUGACUCUCUGGCCUUCGACGACUUCGAUUACAACGACGAUGACUACCUUGACGAAGACGCAGCCAUUAUCGCUGCGGCCAACGCCGAGGCCCUCGAGAAUGACGACGAGGGUUUCUACGGGCAGGAAUUCGGCUUUUAUCCUCAGGCUGUUGGCGAUUGUGACGAGGAGAUGGUUCUUGGUGGGUAUUUUGGCACAAGGGGCGUCGAUGGGGUUACGAGGAGUCAUAGUGGGCGGGUGAAUUUUCAGGAACCGAGUCUUACGCCUAUUACAGAGCGGAGUGAGUGGAGUACGCGUAACUCUAUCGUUUCUUUAACGGCACACCCUGGUGUAAUGACUGGCGCUGCUGCGCCAUUGGCGAGUCCGCAGCCGCUGACGCCUUUGACGCAUCUUGACAUGGGGAGUAUUGACGAUGAGAUGAAUGCGCUUCUGAAAUUGAGGAGGGGUGCGUGGGGGGGCAGUAAUGGGAGUUUAAGGAGUAGUGCAGCGAGUCAGGCGCAUACUACGGGUGGUUCUCCGAUUAUGUCUAGUGCGUGUGUGGCUGCAGCGUCAGCGUCAAGUCGAGGAAGUUUUGUCAAUUUUCAUGAUGUGUCGAGUGAGCAGAGACGGUCUAGCGGGAAUGGGGACGGGAAUGGGAAUACCUUGCCGGCUGGGUCGCCGGUUGGGGUGGAAAGCAACAACAGCAACAGCAGCAGCAGCAGCAACAACAACAACAACAACAACAUGCAACAUUUCUAUUCGCUUUCUCAGUGUCAUUCCCAUCCUCAUCGUGCUCAACAACAACAGCAACCGCAGCAUCAAAAUUACUACCAAGUUGGUGGAGAUAUAUCGCCAGCGACCAGCUACAACAACAACAGACCUCCGCAACCUGAAAACGGAAAACUCCUUCCCCAAACUGAACACUCCGACCAACACUCCUAUCCAAAACCCCAACCACAUCCACAACCAUAUCCGCAUCCGCAUCCGCAUCCGCAUCCGCCUCUGUCCCAUCUCCAUCUCCAUCGCCAUUGCCAACCCAAAACCUCACUAAAUAUCGACACCGCCAGAGCCAACAUCUCUUCCACCACCUCCACCCUCAUCUCUCCAUCCUUCGCCAAAUCCUACAGCCGCAACAUUAACAAACCUCAUCACAGACGCUCCAGCAGCGCUGGCGAGAGCAUCAGCUAUGUCAAACAGACUGAUGAAGCGGGCGGGGAUCAAUGGGUGCUUGAGAGACGGCGCACGGGCGAAGGUGGGGAGCACGAGGUUGUGGAGAGGGAGGUUAUGGAUUGGGGGAUGAUAUGA